GUAGCGCUCAGUUUCGUAUUCGUAUUUGAACGUGCCGUUACGUCGUGUUCGCAGGGUACGCGUAGUUGUUAUAACAAACAAAAGUGUAGCGCUGUAGCUGUCAUACACACACUGCGAUUGUGUAGAAUUGUUUUUUAUUCGCAUUAUAUUAUUACUGCGAACAAAGUGAAAACUUUAAAUCAAAAUAAGUUGAAAGAAAUUAAUUAAUGCAAAAAAAAACAAAAAAAAAAAAGAACAAAAAAUAAAAUAAACAGUGUAGUGAAUGUAUGAUUUAUUGUGGUAAGUGAAUUUUAUUGUGUUAAUUUGCGAGUUCAAAGUCAUAAAGCGAAUUAAGAUACGCGUGUCGGUAUGUCGUGCGUGAAAUGAAGGAAAAUAUUAUAAUAAAAAUAAGUAAAAUACAAGCAUAUGCAGUAGCAAAUAAAAAUUAUAAUAAUUCGUCUAAAAUUCAAAAAUAAGAAAAUAGAUAAAUUUUACCGGCAAAAAUUUCAAAAAAUAAGUGCUUAGUGAGUUAAAGAUGAACUGAAAAUAUUGAACCAAUUUUACUACUAAAAGAAACAUAACUCCUAAAGUAUAUAAGCAAAUUUUCAAGAACUAGUAUUUUCUAUGAUUGAAAUUUUUUAAAUGCACUGUAUCCUAACAGCUGCACGUAGACUUCGCUACUAUUGCUGCAUACCAACAUUCUUGCCUUGCUUUUAGCAUAAUUUUGUUACAAUUAAACUAUGCAAAUUACUUGAAUUAUUUAUGCAUUUUCCUGUAGCAGGAAUUUAAUUUGAAAAAAAAAAAUGCAAUUGCAGCUAAAGUAUUGCAGUAAGCGCAGCAAUUAAAAUAGCUUCUACAGCGGAAAAUUAGAACAAAAAAGAAUUAGCGGCGUCUGUCGUUUAGUAAGAAAUUUGCCCUAUUCAUAGAAAUGCUAACUUAGUGGACAUUUGCACGCGCUUAUCCAACAAGCAAGGCAGCUAAGCAAGUGCAAACACACAGCUGCAGUGGGAGUAGUGAGCCGAGUGCGUGCUUGCCGCUGUUGUAUUCGUACAAAUGUCAAAUGACCGGUUCGUUGUUUGACUGCGUCGUGUGCUUGUCCAGCAAGAAUGUCUAGACUUACAGAAUUUAUGAAAAUUUUCAGCUAGAAGGUAGAACCCAAAAACAAAAAAUAUUACAUGAAAUAAAAAUAAUACAAUACAAAAAACAGUUGUGGCUAUAAGUUAUGUGACGUAGUAUAUAAAACCCAAAGCUAAAGAGGCACUUAAAAAUAACAAUAAAAUAAAACCUCAUUAACGACGUCCUUCAAAUUUCACAACGCACACACCCAGCUAGCCCCUACAGAAUAAAGUCUUAACCAGCAUGCCAUAUUAAAUAUAUAUGUACAUAUGUACUUGUGCAUAUCCUUUAAGUUGCAUAUAGAUGCUUUACCACAUAACUGUAUACUUAAUAAGCGCGCUUAUAUGCAUAUGCACAAAUGUUAGCUUGUAUGUGUACACAUACGUAAGUGUGUCAGUGGAAAUGUGAAUUUAUAUAACCAGACAUCUCAUGCCACGUCUUCGCGUCAUCGCGUUUCAACUUCGCAUUUUAUAUUUACACAUGCAUGCAAAUGUACUUAUAGUCUGAGAAGAAAACUACUCAUACAACAAAGAAUAUAAAAUAAUUAUAUGAGUAUAAAUGCGAGUUAUAUAUACAUAUAUGCAUGUAAAUUUGUGUGCGUACACUUACACAGAUCACACAUACGCAUGCACAUACUUCCAUGCACGCAACGCAGCAGUGCAAAAAUAUGACGAAAGCGAAAUGGUAAUGAAAUGAAAUUAUUAUUCGUUAUUGUUACAAAAAGUUGAGAAGAAAGAGUAAAAAAAAGUAAAAAUAAAAUAAUAAUAAUAAAACAAACAAUAAAAAUGCAGGAAAAGUGAGUAAAAUAAUAAUAAAAAUGAAAUUCAAUUCAAUUCAAUUCAAUUGUGUUGUGUGAGUGUGUGUGCUCAACAUUUAUGCAUGCAUGCAUGCCUCUCCAUCAUCAUACACGCUCAGCUUUAAUUGUGAUGAAGUGCGUUGACGACGCCGCGUUGCAUAUCCAUAGGCGCAUGCUGGCGCAUAACAAGUGAAUGCAUUCGAACGUACUUACGUGUAUUGUGCAUAAGAGGAGUGACAUACAUACAUAUGUGUAGAUCGUAGCGGUGGCGGUGGCAUCAUAAUUGUGUCAGUGUCAUAGUUAGUAUACAACGAAAGCAGCAAUAAAAGAAAAAAAAAAUAACAUUAUUGUUAUCUGCAACAACCGAAAAGCCCAAUGCCAACCGCGUUAGCAUUCUGUACAUUGACAACCUCACCAUCAUCAUCAUCAUCAUCAACACUGCCAUCAUCGACAAUUUUGCGUGCUUCGUUAUUACUCUAGGUCGUGGUAUUGUGGCAACUACUUAAGUUGCAAAUAAAUGCCUUUUUUGUCUUUUUUUACUUUCCAUUCGCUGCACAUCAUCAAAGUCAGUGAGCACACAUAAGACUUCUUGAGCAAUAUUUGCCUUCCUCACAUGGCAACACAACAAUAACAGUGUUGGUGAUAGUGUGUCAGUGGAAAAACAUUAAAAUCCAACCAGUUUGCAUACCGUUGUUGUGCAUUUGCUACAGCGCACAUUCGCACAAGGGAGACGCCGCGCGUGUAGCCGUGCAAAUUUCACACAUAACAAUCAAAGCGUGCGCAUUCUUAUUUUUUGCCAUUCAGUGCAACUUACAUAGUGCCCCACUGCCACGCAUGCUACUCAUCACUGUUUUGCAAGGUCGAGUGGUUUGUAGCAACAACAUAUCUACAUACAUAUCUUGUCGACGCGUAAUUGUGAUUGUCAGCUGCUCACUCUGUCUGUAGUCCGCAAGCGUUUAAUCACCAUUUGAUGAACUACCGCCUGGUCUGAGAUUCUCCCGGCUCAAUUAACAACAUAUACAAGAUUUUCAAAAGUACUCUAGUGGCAUUUGUGAAUGUGCGCAAAAUGACUAAGAAGACAUCUUGAGACUGGCAAGUAGUCAUUGGCGGAUCAUAAAAAAGAAAAACACAAAAAACGUGAAUACUUUAGAAAUUUCGAAAGCCAACGGCAAAAAAAACAAAAAAACCUCUUUUUCGUGGCAAAUACGGGCCAAACACUUUCAAGUGGUGGAAAUUAGGACUAGAAAAGCAAGUUAAUUAGCGAAGCUGAGGCAAAGAUGAGGUGUACGAAAAGGCAAAAAAUACACACAGCGGUGGUAAUUGAAUAGAAACGCAUAAGUAGAGUGAAGAGCAAGAAGAAAGUCUAGCAUACAAAAUAAGAAAUUCCAAAGCAAAACAGCGACGGAAUUUUAAAAGGAAAUUCCACAACAUUGCAAGUUGAAAAAAAUAAAUAAAUAAGCCCGAGCUGAGCGAAACGCAGCAAAAACUUUUAAGGUAGAUUUUGCAUGCUGGUCAUUUCCAUUUUUGUUGUAAUUGUUGCUGACUGGUGGCGCACAUUGUUGCUUCAUUAGAGCAUGGCAAGUGUUGUGAAACAUGCAAAACAAGCAAUUGCUUGCAGAAUACAAGCGCAGCGCUAACGGAAAAGUGCUACAAACAACAUAAGAUAACAACAACAACAGGAAGAGCAGCAGCAGCAAAGAUAGCGCGAGAUACACGACAGCAUAUCCUUUGUAAGUUGGGUACAAGUUGUGACGUUGCAAAUUAAAUUAUAACUUCCGAAUACAGCAGCAACAGCAUCAAGAGCAACAACCAACCAACAACGACAAGUUUUCUGCAGCGCGAGCGGAAAGUAAAACAAAAAAACACAAGGGUAAGGGAAAGAAAUAUUGCACAAAACAAGUAUGGUUAGUGUGCCACCAUAAAACCUAAAUAAUACUUUCAGUACGAAUAAAUCGUCGAAUAAUAACAACCCGACCCAAAGUAAAAUUUCUACAAUUUUCGCAAAAAUGGAUUUGUUAAAAUUACAACGAUCAACGACGCUAUCGAUGACGGCGCUACGCUACAAUAAAGCUAAAAUUGGUAAAACAACAACAGCGCACGUUUGCGCUUCCACAACGGUAAUGAACACAUGCACACCUGCAGCCACAACAACAGCAACAAGAAUAUGUAGUUCAUUGCCAGUGAUAUGUGAAACUGCAUCGUUAACGCUUCCUACACCAAGAAAAGCAACACCAACCACCCACAUAAGCAGAAAAAGCACCCGCAGCAGCAGUAGCAGCGGCAAAGAUAGCAACACAAAUGCUGCGCAAUCGCCGCCUCAACUACUGCUAGCUUCUGGUUUGAGCAGUUGGCGCAGUUGGCGUAGCUGCAUCGUUGGCCUUGUCACUCUGUUGGUAUUUACAGCGAAUUUUAGCAUAAGCGCCGGCCAAAUCGAUUGGGAUGAUGACGAUGAUCCAGGUAUGUAAUAUGGAACUGUUGAAAAUUUUGUUCAGGACUUUUUGGGUAAGGUAGUAAAAUAAUAGUUCAUUGUAAAAAGUGGCGCGAAAUUUGCCACCGUAUCGGAAAAUUUACAUAUAGUUUUUGCAAAUAGCAAUUACGUCAAUCACAUUUGACACUUUGCUGAACUAGACAGCUGCAGUAUAGGUACUAAUGGACAACAAAUGGAGCGCUUACAGAUCAAAAUAACG